AAGUGCCAGCAAAACGAUCGAUAGAUCGGCAGUCUAUCGAUUUUUCAGUGAAUUACAGGUCAGUACGGCUGUUGUGCAACAGCUGCAUUAAAAUGGCUGGCCCUGGUCCUGGUCCCGGUCGUUUUUUUCAAAAUACGCUCCAGGAUUACGGAGGUGGCCAGGUAUUGAAAAACGAUGACCAUAUUCGCGGAUUGAUUCAAUCGUAUGUGAAUCUAAUUGUGGACAACACUCGUCCUGGUCGGAAUAGUGACCACCGCGGUGACCUGUACGUAGGCGAUGCUGGCAUUGCAUACAUGUUUUUCAGAUUGCAUGAAAUGGGACUUUUCGGUGCAGAUGCUCUACAGUACGCAAAACAGUAUGUGUCUAAUGCUAAAGAAAAAGCGGUCCGGUAUGCUACUCGAGCAGAAGAGCGAUGUUCUUUUUUAUGCGGAAAUGCUGGCAUAUAUGCGGUUUCGGCAGCUAUCUGUCACAAGAUGGGACUACGACAAGAGAUGGAUGAAGAUCUAAGAAAUUUUGCGGCCGGGAUUUCGGUAUGUAAGAAAAUUGAUUUUAAUAAAAACGGAAGCGAUGAACUGCUCUUCGGAAGAGCCGGCUUUUUGAGUGGAAUAUACUGGCUGCAUCAGACUAUCGAUAAAAGACUUUUUGCUCAUGAUACACUCAAUGUUAUUUGCGGGAUUAUAAUCGAGAGUGGAAAACGAUAUUCUACUGCACAAAAAAGCCCCUUUCCGCUUAUGUAUCAUUGCUGGGGAGAUGAGUAUUUAGGCGCUGCCCACGGUGUAUCAUCCAUUAUGCACAUGUUGUUGGAAUCGCCGCUUCAGGGAAAUCCAAACAGUAACGAAAUGGCGGCAGUACGAGCUACAAUUAACAGCCUCCUCUCUCUCCAGGAUGCAGAAGGUAACUUUCCCGUAACCCUGCAGGAUUACAUACAACGAACAAGAGAUGAAACCUUAGUACACUGGUGCCACGGUGCACCCGGAAUCGUAUAUCUUAUGGCAAAAGCUUAUAUUGUAUUCAAGGACCAGAAAUAUCUGCAAUCAUGUGUUCGCUGUGCCGACUUGGUUUGGCGCAAAGGAUUGCUGCGCAAAGGUCCUGGCAUUUGCCAUGGCGUUGCUGGCAAUGGCUACGUCUUCCUUCUUCUCUAUAGACUGACAGCGGACCCUAAAUACCUCCAUCGAGCGAUUAAGUUUAUGGAAUAUUUAACGCACGAAGAGUUCAUCCGAUACGCACGCAAUCCGGAUCGUCCUUUUAGCCUGUACGAAGGUUACGCGGGCACUGUAUGUUUCUUGUUAGAUUUACUGAGACCAGAGCGUGCCAGCUUUCCGUUUAUGGACGUGUUCGAUACCAAGUGUUAGGCUAGUAUACCUAUGGCGACUUUUUCAAGGUGUUGAUCAAAUUUAGAUGUGACUCACGAGAAUAAAUUAAUUUUUGAUUCCUUUCACAUAUGCACAGA